CUUCUUUGGGCUCCCAAAGGCACUACUGCAUCUCGAUUACCUCCAAUUCCUUCGAUCGCGAGCAAGCCAUGUCCGCAUGAUCCACGUUACUCUCCUCCGUGCAGCGACUGAACUGCAGCGACGAACGUAGAGGUCAACUUGAUUUCCCAAAGCAAUCGGGGUUGAAUUUGUACGCCACUCGCCCUCAACAUCAAAAACAACGCUUCAAUCUUCUGCCGCUACCUCCCUUUGCCUUUGGGAGAGCAACUAUGGCGGGCGAGGAUAUCUCCAUGGAAAGUAGCAAGCUGAAACAUCGGAAGAUGGACAGAGAUGACAGAUGUGAUGGGAUUAGUAAUCUGCCAGACGCGGUGCUCCUUCAUAUUUUGUCCUUCCUGCCUAUGAGAGACGCGGUAAGGACAGUGAUGGUACCGGGAUUCCGUUACCUCUGGACUUCUAUCCGCGACUUAUCUUUCGAUCACUGUGCUUACCACGACUGCAACGAGGAGGACCCUGCUUUUAAAGUCGACGAUAGAUUCGUAAAUUUUAUCGACCAUGUGCUAACUCUGCACGAGAACCCCACUAUCGAUUGGUUUCGUCUUAGUUUGAACUAUGCAGCUGAGGUGUGCGCCGAUGAUCCUCAAUAUCAGGAUGGUGCAACUAAAGAGACAAGAAAGUCGAACAAAAUCGAUACAUGGAUUAAUUUUGCUGUGAGGAGAAAGGUUAAGUUCCUCGAUUUGAACUUCUUAGCAUGUACUAGGAAGUUGCCCAAUAAUCUUUACAUGUUGCCCAGCAUUGUUCUUAGUUGUAGCUACUUAGUAGAGCUGACGCUGGCUUCCUGUGUGGUUGAACCAGUGGGACAGGUCCAACUAAGGUCACUUAGAAAAUUGUUUAUGAAGCAAAUUGACUUAACUGACAAAAAGUUGGCUAACAUACUAUCUGGUAGCCCGUUGUUGAAAGAAUUGUCUCUUGAAGAUUGUGAUGGCCUCUGCGAGCCCAAAUUCUGUAGUGGCCCAUCUAUUGAAGAGCUAAAUUUGGAGGAAUGCGGCAGUUUGAAAAAGCUUGAUCUCACACGAUCAGAUAUAAAACAUUUAACCAUCGAUCACAGUCAGCAUCUGGAGCUCAUUUGCCCUAAUGUGAAGAUUUUGGAUAUUGCUGGGUGUCUAACAUAUGUCAAGGUGACUAAUAUGCCAUCAUUGGUUGAUACAUCCAUCUGCUUCAGUCAUUAUGUUAGAUAUUCGCACGAGGAAUUUAGUGAGUUCAGACUGCUUCUGGAAAAGCUCAACUGCAGUCCUUAUUUUAUGCCAUGUGAUUUGUGCAUGCUGGUAUUAACUAUGUGGGAGCUGAUAAAUCACCCAUGCCCAUCUUUCACAUGGAAGCAUGUGACGCUCCACCUGCAACUAAGAAAGUGGUACCUCCCCGGCAUUUGUAACUUGUUAAGGAACUCUCAUUUGCUGGAGACACUCGCUAUUUAUGUUUAUACUGGAAGAAUUGACAAUGAAUCUGAGGUUGCCGAACAAGGGUGGAAGCCUGCAUUUGAGUUCAAUGGCUUUAGUUACUGGAGUUCAGUGGACGGCGCAUUUCCCUGCCUCGAGCACCAGCUUAAGCAUGUUAAGAUAUAUGGUAGUGUAAUAGAGCCUGAUGUCAUUGAGCUCAUUGAAUUUCUACUUAAGAACGCACAGAUCCUGGAGAAAAUGGAGAUUUCUACCAAGAAGACUCUGCAGCGAACACGUAGCACGUACAUGUUUUCCAGUGACGUUGGCCCUCCAUCAAAGGACUAUUGUACAUCAGAUGCGCUGCUAGAGUUUUCACAGAAGUUGUUAAGUUUCCCAAGGGCCUUAACACGUGCGGUAAUACACCUGGGUUAGAUACUGAUAUUUGAAUUGUGUUCUCCCAUAUCUUUUGGACACCCUUGAUGUUUCUAGGUCAGGCAUGUCUCAUAUCUGGUAGACUUUACAAAAGUAGUUGGCCUUUAUGGUGAAUUCGCCCCUUUCCCUCGUGUCUACGAAUUCGCAACAUCCACGACUCUGUACAGGCAACUUUAUGAAUAUUUUUUUUUACAGUGGACGUGCCUUAUGUUUUUU